GGUGGAGGAGUUCGAGGUCUGUCAGAAUUGAUCAUUCUCGAAGCAGUUAUGGAGAAAAUCAAAGUCACCAAUGGUCUCAAAGAAGCACCAUUACCCUGUGAAUACUUUGACCUCAUUGGGGGAACCAGCACAGGAGGGUAAGUGAACACAUCCACCAUCUCGGCUAAUGUUUACACGAAGAUUUGCUCACCAGCAACUUCAGAGUCAUCGCGAUCAUGCUUGGAAGACUUCGUAUGACCGUUAAUGAUUGUAUCCACGCUUAUAAGUCACUCGCAGCUUUGGCAUUUACUCCCAAAGCGAGAUGGAACCUUCCAGGAUCACCAGAUGGCCAAUUCUCAACAAUGUAUCUGGAGAAGGCUUUGAAGCUAGCGAUCUCACAGCAAUGUCAGAAGAAAGGCUGCGAGUAUACCAGUUGCGAGCAUUCAGAGCAUCUAUUUCGUGACAUGGAAGGCUGCAAGACUGUCGUGCUAGCUGCAAAAAAAGACGACAUUUCUGGUCCUCCCACACUCUUCAAAACAUACUCAACUGAUCCACAAAUGGCGGAAUGUAAGAUCUGGGAAGUUGCUAGAGCCACAUCUGCUGCAACCACCUACUUUAGAAGUAUCGCGUGCGGAAGAGACCAGAUUGAAUUCGUCGACGCUGCGAUUGCUGGAUACAAUAAUCCCUGUCGAAUCUUACUCGACGAGGCCCACAACACGUUCCCAAAAUGCAGACCAUCCGAGUUCACAAUACUCAGUAUUGGAUCCGGGGCCAAAAAGAGCAUUGCCAUUAAAGAUUCGCGUACCUCGAUCUUGUUAGCACUGAAAGAUAUGGCUAGUGACUCGGACAGGGUUGCUAUUGAGAUGUACACAGACUUAAACAGAGAAAAGUACCACCGCUUCACUUGUGCGAAUGGUCUUGGGGAUAUCAAGCUUUCCAAGUGGAUGAAAAACCACACGAUCGCUUCCUUAACUCACGAUUACCUGGACAACCCGGACCAAAAGCGACGCAUCGAAGCCUGUGCCAAAGCCCUCAUAGCGGAUAAAGUGACUGGACGUCAAGCUGUAACUAGUCGCUGGAGACGAGGUUUGAUCAAGCUUAGUGAGAAGAUUCGCUAG